AUGGAAACCGAGGGCGGCCCCAGCAAAUUCACCCGCGCCGUAUCCACCCGCACCCUAACCGACGUCAUCCACGACGACCCCGACGACGACGACCCGAAGGAGGAGCUCCGCGGCUGGAAGCACUUCAAGGAGAAGAUCCGCAGCCAAGGGCGGCACGCAGGCAGCGGGGCCGCAUGGACGUCGAGCGUGUCCGUCCCGGCCUCGGACGUGCCGGUCCAGACGAGCCAGAAGCGCGUCAUGUUCCGGCACCCCUCGGGCCGGGUGAGCGCGGCCCCGGAGUCCGACCCCGGCAUGCUGCAGGGGGCGGAGAUCGGGGCCGUGCAGCAGGAGUUCCUGAGGCGGAACUCCAGCGGCCGCAACGAGCGGAGCGGGAGGUUCGACAGCGACCCCUCGCCCCUGCGGCGGCUGCAGGAGGAGGAGGCGGCGGACGAGGAGGGGGAGGAGGCGCCGGCGAAGAUGUCGCUGAUGUCGUUGCUAGCGGAGAACGACGACGAGUACGGGAUGGGGGAGGACGAGGAUGAGGAGGAGGACGAGGAGGAAGACGGGGGAGGAGCGAAUACUAACUGUAGUAUUUGCAUGGUGAGGCAUAAGGGGGCGGCGUUUGAUCCGUGCGGGCAUUCCUUUUGCCGCCUGUGUUCCAGGGAGAUGUGGGUUCAGGGGGGCAAUUGCCCUCUCUGUAUUUUUUGCUUCAUCAAUGCUUAA